AUGUCCGCAGCUUAAACUCUUUACAAUGCUUAGUGCUCCAAUAAUGAUCAUAAGGCACAAAUAACUAACUAUUGUGCCUGUAUUGACUGUUUGAGACCUCUCUGUCCAGAGUGCAUCUAAGAACAUUACCAAUUUCAUGUGUAGGCCAAGACACCGGCUGCUAUCUAAAGUAUUCUCAAUACAAGAACUAAUUGCGAAAGGAAAAUUGGAAAAGCAGUUGAAUAAUUGAAAAAAGAAUAUGAGUAAUAUGAUAUUCAAUAUUUUUUUAAUCCUGAUGAGAUACUAAAUUAGGAAAUCUCAAGGAUGAAUGAGGCCAAAUAGUAGAUGAUUGAAAUCAUACAUCUCUUUUUUAAAUAGAUAGAAAACCUUCUUGAAACUAAAGUCAAGGAAAAUUUAUUAAAAGUUAAAAAUAUCGGUGGUAUUUUCCAAAGAAUUUAAACCGUGAUAGAAUAACUAGAAAUCUUAAGAAACAAUCUUCUUACUAGCCCCGACCCUUUCUCACAUUUUCAUAAAGCCUGUCGAUUAGAUGUUAAAUCUUUGCUUGAUCGUUAUAAAUCUGAUUUGAAGAAAUCAAUUAAAUCCAAAGAAUUAGAUCCAAUAAAUGUUCACAUUGACGAACAUAAACUCUUCAAUCUUAAAAAUGAGUUAAGUAAAAUUAUUAUAAUUCAAACGACUGAUCAUGAAGAAGCCGGAGAUAAUGUUUCAGUCUUAUCUAAAAACAAGGAUUAGAGCAUCAAUUACAGUGUACAAGGAGUGUAUGCACAGUAGACAAAUAAUCCUUAAGGUGGACCUCCCCAUUUUUAAUAGAAGCCAAGCAAACAAUAAAUGAGUAGUCUUGGAGAUAAUGAUGAACCAUAAUAUGGAGCAAUUUCAAAUUAAGACUUUUAGAUUUCUAGACCUAAUUAUUUUGUGGGUCAACAUAAAUUCUUACAUUUUAUUAUCAAUAAGGCUAAUGUGAUGAAGAUCUGCAAUUUAGAAACUAAGUAAUGGAUGACUUUUGAAAUUGAUUAUGAAGUCCCUGAAUUUCAUAGAUCUAUUGUUGCUCCAAAUGGUGAUAUCUAUAUAACCGGAGGAUUGAUUGACUAUAAAGAUAAUAGAAAGGAACCUAUUGUGAGAAGAUAUACAUUGGAUGGCAAGAUGUAAUAAAUUGGGUAACUGUCAAAUCCGAGAUCAUCCCAUUCAAUGGUCUAUUGCAACUAAGCCAUUUAUAUACUAUGCGGUUAUUAAGAGCAUAGGAAGAUGUCUUACAGUUUGGAGAAAUACAAUUUUCAUACACAAAAAAUGGAAUUAUGUGCUCCUUGUAAGACACCAGCUAAUUCACCUGCUUGCUGCGUUUUCAAUGAUAGAUACAUUUAUAAGUUUGGUGGAUAUGAUUAAAAUGGAUGGAACCUAUUAAUUAUAGAGAGAUAUGAUACUCACGAAAACAAGUGGUAGCAUAUUGACCCUGAAAUCAGCUAAUAGGAAUCUUCAAAAUUCCAAACCAUGUAUCAAUGUUCAUCUUGCGUUUAAAUUAAUAAAAAUAACAUCUAUGUUUUUGGUGGUUAUGAUAAUGAUGAUAAAGGAGUCUCGUUCUCAUUCCUUUUAAAAAUAGAUGACAAACACACAAUUCAUCAAGUCAAUAAUAAGCCCUUAUUGUAUCCUGAAGGAUUUUGGAACAAUUAAGUUAUUAUUCACGACCAUAAGUUGUUUGUUUUGUAGAACAUAGAGGUUGAUGGUAAUUAAAUUGAUGAAUUUAAUAGAUCCCUAUUAUGUUUUGAUGGGUAGGGAUGGAAUGAAUUAUAAUAUUAAAUUUCUAAUUGA